ACUCUCUCUCCCAAUUUUCAUAACUCAAAAUCACAUAGCUAGAUAUAAUUCUGCUUCAGCUACUUCUAACCGUUCGAUCAAACUACUUCUCGGUCAAUGGCAGACGUGGCAGCAAAAGAGCGGAGGAUCCUUGUGGCAAUUGAUGAAGGUGAGGAGAGCUUGUAUGCUCUGACUUGGUGCCUCAAGAACGUAAUUACCAAAAAUUCCAAGGAUACCCUUAUACUUCUCUAUGCCAAGCCUCCAAGAGCUGUCUACACUGCGCUAGAUGGCACAGGGUAUUUGUUUUCGUCUGAUAUCAUGGCCACUAUUAAUAAGUACAGUAAUGACGUGGCCAAUCGUGUGAUAGAGAAAGCCCGGAAGAUAUGUAGAGAACAGAACAGUGAUGUUAAGGUGGAGGCGAGAGUAGAGAAUGGUGAUCCAAGGGACGUGAUUUGCGAGACGGUAGAGAAGUUGGGCGUUGAUGUGUUAGUGAUGGGAAGCCAUGGCUACGGUUGGAUCAAGAGAGUUUUCUUGGGAAGUGUGAGCAAUCAUUGUGCACAGCAUGUCAAGUGUCCUGUCCUGAUUGUGAAGAAGCCCAAACCCAAUGGUGGAAGCAAAUAAAAUCUGAUUUUGCUUUUGUUUUUUGUUUUUAUUUUGUAAAUUUCUAAUGUAAUUGGUAGUGGUGUACAUGUAUGAAUGUG